UUUUAUAACUUAAUUUCCGGCCCAGCUUUUCUUCUUAAUUCAAUUGCACAACCUGAAACGGCGUCGUUUGAAAACUGCCCAAAUUCCCAAUUUCUUUCCAUCUUCUCCGAAGACGGCCGUAGCAUAUUCCAAUACAAUUCUCCGUUCAAUCCACCAUCGCCGCCGUCACCGGAAGAAUCGUGUGCCAUGACACUAAAAUCAAAUUGUUUCGGUUUGUAAAAUUUUCAGGCCACUUACAUUCCGAAGAACUCGUGUAAUCCGUGUAUAAAGUACAAAAAUCAAUGUCCACUCCGAUCGAAGUAGAGAAUCUCGAGGAACCACAGUUUGAGUGGGGUAAGAAAAGAGGCAUCGGAGGAAGGAACAAAGACGUCCAGUUCUACGACUCGUUUGCUUACGAUGGGGUGGAGUACAAUCUACACGACUGUGUGUAUAUGCACAAGCAAGGUGAACCACCUUACAUUGGGAAAAUUGUUAAGAUUUGGGAAAAUGCUGACAAGUCGAAAAAGAUAAAGGUUCAUUGGUUUUUCCGGCCAUCGGAAAUUUCUUACUAUCUGAAAGAUACAGAGGUGUUGGAGAACGAACUUUUCUUCGCUUCGGGCGAAGGGAAUGGUCUCGUCGGUCUUGCGAAUAUCAAUCCUCUGGAAGCUAUUUCUGGAAAAUGCAAUGUCGUCUGCAUAUCAACGGACAAUAGAAACCCACAGCCUUCGUCUGAAGAACUUCAAAUGGCAAAUUAUGUCUUUUACCGCGUCUUCGAUGUUAGAACCUGUACGAUAUCAGAUCAGAUGAACGAUAGAGUUGGUGGGCUUGAAGUUAAGUUUGUAUUUAACAGAAGACAGAGCAGCACGCCAGUUGAUAUUCCCCGAAUUGAGUCAAAUGGCAAGGACGAGGAGAGAAAUGAGAUCGCAUGCAGAGAAACUCCGAAGCUUGCAGGUAAGAACAUAAUGCAACAAUUGAACAAUGUGAAACCUGAUGAAAAUAGUGAUUAUAUGCUGGGAAAAGACGAUACAAAUCAGAAGGAAGGGCAGGUGAAUCGAAAAAGUUUACUUGGAGAAAAUUCUUCGGGCGCUGAUGUUAAUUCUAGUAAAAGUAGAAAACCUACAAAAACCACCAGUGAGGAUGCUGUUGAGCUUGAAAAAGCUGCCAACUUAACUAAAGAUUUGAAAGGUUUGCAGGGACAGCUAUCAAAUAGUAAAUCCUUUCUAUCUAUUGAAAAAACAGAAUCUUCACAGGCAAAAGAUUCUGCUGGUAGUGAAAUGGAUACAGAACUUGGUGUAGAAGUGAGUGCUCGUAGAGAAAGGUCGUCACCAGCCAAUGCUGCUUCACCUAAUGAAACAAUGAGACCUCUAACAAUCGAUGUCUCACCUAAUGAAAUACCAAAAUCAGGAUCUAAUGAGGACCUUGAGCGAUAUGGUCAAGCUACUAAAUUAGUUAAAAGUUCUAGUGCUUCAACGAAAAGGCCAUUGAAGACUAGUGCUGAUUUUUCUAAGGAAAAGUCGAAUCCUCGAGAUGAUGAUUGUCACAAGGACAAGGAUACGACAUUAGGUAAUGAUUCAUAUCCUAUUGAAGGAGGCCCUUCUAAGAAAGCAAAGAUUGAAGCUUCAGUUGAGAAAUUGGAAGACAAAAGGAACAAUACUCUUAAGAAGUUGAAGAAGAAAACUUCCCAAGGUGAAACAAGAAAUUCAUCAACCCCUACGACUUCUCACGACAUUAAGGCAAAAUCAAGACUUGGCAACGGGGAUUUGAAGAAGUAUAAUGAUGUCAAAGUGGGCAAGCUUUCUAAUGAUAACUUGCCUCAUCCAAAGGAAGGCGAUGGCGGGAUUGAAGGAAAAAUAUUUGAAGUCACGCGAAGACCAAAUGUUGAAACGAAUAAUUGGAUGAAACUGCCUUGGGAGGCAAGAUUGAAGAGUGCUCAUGAUCAAGGAAGAUUUCUUUUACUCCAGAAUUUGGAUCCGGAAUAUACUUCAGAAGAAGUACAGGAUAUUAUUGGGAGUGCAUUCAAGGAAAGCUGUACAGCUAAAAUGGUGCGGCAUACCGCUAUUUCUAGUCCACACUCGGGUCAAGCUUUUGUAAUAUUUAAAACAAGAGAAGCCGUGGAUAAAGUCUUAAAUAAACUGGACGACGAAUGCUUGAUGUUACCAAAUCAGAGGCCUCUUGUAGUUAGCAUUGGAGUUCUUCCCAAGCCUUCUGAAAAGCAGACGGGAUUUGUUGGUCAUUUGUCUAUUGACAGAGCUAGGCGUCCAAUGCAGAGGGAAAUGAAAGAAGCCGUGUCUACUCCACAUUACUCCCAGAACAACACGAUUGAAUAUGAGAUGGCUAUGGACUGGUGCUUACUACAAUCGAAAUCCGAUAAAUGGUGGGCUAAGCUUUACGAGCAACAAGGGAAGGAAUUAAAGAGACUGAAGGCUGGUUUUAAGUCGAAGUGAACAUAUAGUGCAAUUUGUGUGGUACGAUAAAUAACGAAUACUAACUGGAGAAACUUUUAGCUUUCUUUUCCAUGUAAGUACAAGACUGCGAAUUUGGCGAUUUUCGGCUGGUUAACAGACACGCUUGCCAUUUUCAAAUCUCCUGGAAGAAGGCAAUGUUUUUGUUUUUUUUUUGGCUGUGAAUAUGUAGUGUAAUUUGAAGGAUGAAUAUUUUUCUUUUUAUUUUUUUUCUUUUAGAGAUGAACUUUGGGUAGCAAGAGAUGUAAAGGUUUGAAAUUGAAUUCCUUCUUCACCAUCUAGUCUAUAAUCCUAAUCACUGCAUUUUACAUUUUCU